UAAGAUUUUCGAGACUCUAGAUCUAGAAACACAACACAACCCAGUAAUAUUAUUUCAACGUGUCCAUAAUGUCUGACCAGAACGCGAAUGAACAGAAGAAGGGCUUCUUCGGCACCGCAGCUGGCGGCUUAGGCAACACACUCGGCUCCGCAACCGACACCCUAGGCAAAGGCGUCGGUGGUGUAACAAACACCCUCGGUAAUACCGUAUCCGGGGUUGGCAAGGGGGUUGGCGAUACGGUGUCUGGCGUGACGGGAGGUUUGGGAGAUACGACUAAAGCCGCUGGAAACAUGGUUACUGAUACCACGAAGAAAGGUGGAGAGACUGUGGGUAUUAAGAAGCAGGAGCCGGGUGCACCGCAGCAAUAGAUAAUUGGGGGGCGUAGAUGGAUGUUGCGUAAGGAUGCAGCGGAAUUUAAUUCAUUCCCCUGGUGGGUGUGGGUGGU